AUGUUGGAUUCUUUGACUUUAAAGCAAAUAUCUCUACUGAAGAGUAAAAAUAAAUCUCUUAAAAUACUUAUUUCUGUUGGAGGUGCCAAAUUUCAAGGAUUUAGUUCGAUGACUUCUAAACACUCUUCCAGAAAAUUAUUUAUUAAAAGUGUGAUUGAUUUAUUUAAAAAAUUAGAUAUAGACGGGAUUGAUUUAGAUUGGGAAUGGCCAGGCUUAAAUGGGGAUUUUAAAGAAAAAAUAAAUUUUUUCAAAUUGUUAUUCGAACUUAGAAAAGUAUUUAAAAAACAUUCCAAAUAUUAUAUUUUGAGUGCUGAUGUUUCUUCAUCAAAACAAAUAUCAGAAUUGGCAUAUUUUAUACCAUACUUAGCAAAAUAUGUUGAUUUUGUAAAUGUUAUGUGCUAUGAUUAUCAUUUUUUUUCAAAAUGGUAUCCAUUUACUGGUCAUAAUUCUGCAUUAUACUCUUCAGAUAAUUCAGUGUCACCUUUCUUUUUUAAUGUCAAUAACAGUAUUAAUUAUUGGAUUUCUCAAUCAAUGCCAAAAGACAAAAUUGUCUUAGGGGUUCCUACAUUUGGUCAUUCCUACAAAUUGCUCUCACAAGAUAAAGUCCAUCUUCAUGCACCAGCUAUUGGUAAUGGAGAAUUAGGAAAUGAUGGUUUUGUUUUCUAUUCUGAAAUUUGUCAAUUUACCAAAGAAACAAAUGUAUCAAUUGUAUUUGACAACACAUCAAAAGUGCCAUAUGCAUAUAAAUUUCCUAAUUGGAUUUCUUACGAAGAUGAAAGGAGCGUAACACAUAAGAUAGAAUCAUAA